AUGCUCACAUCAUCCAUCGCGGCAUUCCUUUUGCCUCUCACCUUGGCCGCCUGCACCACGCCGCCCACAGACCUUGACAUCCUCGCCGGCCAACAUGUCAUCUACUCAUGGCCAACGACCACAGUGCCCCCUGCGCAGCUCAUCUCGCUGACCAAGGCCGGUCUAGUCGGUGGCGUGAUCCUCUUUGGCGAGAACAUUGAUUCCAAUACCUCGGCUGCCAUGGACACCCUGCGCUCUGCCUACGCUGCGUCCCCGGCGCCGGCGCUUCUGCGCAAGCUCACGGGUAAGGACGCCAAGUUCUUCAUCUCAACGGACCAAGAGGGCGGUCAAGUCAGGCGUAUGCGCGGCGCUGAGCCCAAACUCUCUGCUAAGCAAAUGGGUGCUGCUGCUGAUCCUGCAGCUGCUGGUACACAGGGCGGCGCAGGCGCAGCAGCUACCCUUCGCCAGUUUGGACACAAUGCGAACCUUGCGCCUGUACUGGGUGUGUAUCGCGAGGCGGGUGACUUUCUCGACUACUACCAGCGGUCGUUUGGCAAUACCUCUGCGCAGGUUAUUGCAGCUGCAGUGCCCUUUAUCAAGGCCCAGCAGGCGCAGAAUGUCGCUGCCACAGCGAAGCACUUCCCUGGUUUAGGCGCUGCCUCGCACGAUGCGAAUACUGAUGAGGAGCCAGUGACGCUGGAGCAGCCGCUAAGUGAGAUCCGCGCGAUUGACGAGGCUCCAUAUGUAGAGGCCAUUGCCGCGGGCGUGGAGCUCGUGAUGGCGUCGUGGGCAGUGUAUCCGGCUCUUGAUGGCCGUCCGGCAGGUCUUAGCAACAAGUGGAUUCAGGAUGAGCUUCGCGGUCGUCUGGGCUUCAAAGGCGUCACGAUUACAGAUGCCAUGGAGGCUGGGUCGCUCAAGGGCUUCGGCACGACCGAGGAGAAGGCGAAGCUUGCGGCGGCGGCGGGCAUGGACUUGCUGCUUGCUAGCGGGCGUAAUGUAACCCAGGGUGACGCAAUUCGCAAGGCGCUGGUCGAUGGGAUUAACAGCGGUAGACUGAACCGGGCUGCGUUUGAUGCGGCUACGGGACGUAUUGCAGACAUGCGCGGCCGCUUGUGGAAGUAA